AUGUCGUGGCUGUCUGAUCUGGCAGGCCGAGCUGAGCGGCUGCUCGACUCUGUUGACCGGCAGGCCAACGAGACGCUCAAGAACAGCGUUCCGCUCUCGCUCGGUCUCAGCACCUCGACCUCUGGCUCUGGCUCUGGUUCUGGAUUUGGAUCUGUUGGCGAUGGCGACGGUGAUGGCGAUGGCGGGUGGCAGCCUGAGGCCGACGAGAGUGUCCUGCUCGCCGCGCACGGUGACGACGACGCUGCCAACCUCAACCACAGCCACGACCACCACAGUAGCAACAGUGGUAGUAGUAGUAGUAGUGCCCUCGCUGCCUCUGUCGCUCCCGUUGCGCAGCACCCUGUGGUAGCUAGUGUGCAGUCGAGUGAUCAUGCUGAGGUUGGCGCGCACUCUGCGGCAUCGUUAGCCGCCACGUCUACUCCCGCCAGCCAUGCCAGCCACGCUGUCUCGACCGCGGAUGAAACUGCAAUGCUUCGAAACGAAAUCAAGUCGUUGAACGAGGAGAUUGCACUGCACGGCCGACGCUCCAAGAACAUGCAAAUCAAUCUUGACGAGGCGCGGAAACAAAUCUCUGUUGUGGAACGUCAGGUUGCCGCGAAAGAACAGCAAGUGCGCGAGCAGACAUUGCGCGAGGAGCAGUUGCAUGGCCAGAUCAAAGACCUCGAGCGCCAACAGCAGGCAUUGAAGGCACAGCUGCUCGAGUCGGACAAGAUUCUUUCGCUGCGGGACAACACCAUUACUGAUUUGCAAAAAGUCAAGCAAGAUGUGCUCCACGAUCAAGCCGCAGUUGCAGAGGUUCAGUCGUCUGCGUUUGAAUCGUUGAGAGCUCGAUUGGUGGAGGCUGAACGCCUUCUGGACGCUGAGACUCAGCUCACAGCCAGCCUCAAGCAGGCCCAAAUCAAGACGCGCGCCGAAACCGACGAAGUGCGGCUCGAUCUUGAGCGCCAGCUCACCGUUGCACACACAGCAGCACAAGAUCAGAUGACUCAGCUUGGCCAGUUGAAGCAGACGCUCGCUGCUCAACGGUCGGACAACGAUACGAUCAAGACGGAGUUUGCAGAAUACAAGAAUCGCGCCGCCAAGGUUCUUCAGACAAAGGAAAAGGUGAUUGCUGACAUGCGGCUGCUUGCCGAAACAUCCUCGACUUUAAUGAACUCUGGUCCCGGCGCCGAGGCUGCCCGAUCAGAAUUGAUUGCGGCUCAACGCGAACGCGACCAGCUGUCGGAAGAACUCAAUGAAACACGGUUGCAGGUGUCGCAGCUGCGUUCACAGAUUCAAGAACUCGAAACUCAACAUCAAGCAGAAACGGACAUGCUGCAAGAUCAUCUUCACGAAAUUGAAAACGCUGCGCAAGAAGAAAAGACCAACCACACCAAUUUGCUUGCCGAUAUGCGCGCCCGAGUUGAGGACGCUGACUUUGCUCGCAAUGAAGUAUUCAAGCAAAAAACGGCAUUACAAGCCCAAUUGCUGGACCGCGCUGCAGAAAUCGAGCGACUCCAUGCACAGCUUUCUACCAGAACCAACAAUUCUGUCAAUCAGGUUGAUCUCGAGAACAGAUUGCGCACGUUGACAGAGAAUCUCAUUCGCAAGCAGACUGAAAUCGAGACGUUAAUGUCCGAGAAGAACUCAUUGCACCUUCAGCUCGAGACGGAACGCAACAAGCGUGCGAAAGAGGUUCGCUUGCAGAUUGAUCAUCCCCCAGCUGCGAAUAGCCUGGAGGAAGACAAUACCAAGUUGCGGCCCAUUUCUUCCAUCAUCCCUGCUGCAAUGGAGGCCAGGCCGAACGCAAACCUCACGCGACGAGUUCGCCAAGCCGCUACUGUGUUGGAUACGUUCAGCAUUCGUCUCGGUCGGUUUUUGCGCAUUUAUCCCAUGGCGCGUGUUUUUGUCAUCUUCUACAUGCUUCUCUUGCAUCUAUGGGUGAUGAUUGUACUAUUCACAUAUUCUCCGGAGCUGCACAGCGCGGGCCAUGAGGGUGUUGAACCAAUCGACCCCUUCCCUCGAUAG